AACAGGCAAAGACUGCCAUGACUGUGAUUCGUUGUCAGUAGGGCAGAUAGAGGAAAGCGGACAGCUCCGUGGUGCUGAAACGAAACGCCGAAAACGCGAUCACCUUUUUUCGCACGCCGAUAUAUCAUCAGAAUUCAAUUUAUAUGAAUAUGCUUGAAAUCACGUCCGUAAAUGAAAAUGAAGAUUUGAAUAACACUGGAACGUACAUCAUAUUGGCUGAACUGCGGUGAACCAGCACACAACAAUGGGGUCCUUUGUAAUAAUGCAGUCUUGCAAAAGGUACGUGCUGCUCGCUAUUGUUCUUUCUUUCAUUCGUAACAUAUCGACUUCAAUGACUCAUUAUUCAAUACCGGAGGAGAUGAAAGAAGGAUCUGUUGUCGCUAAUCUUGCUACCGAUCUCAGCCUGGAUGUUACAACACUGAAUCAGAGGAAGAUGCGUCUGGACAUCAUUGCAAAUAAGAAAUAUCUGGAUGUGAACAAAGAGACUGGUGAACUGAUUAUUGUUGAGAAGAUUGACAGGGAAAAUAUUUGUUCCGCAAAGUCGUCUUGCUAUCUCAGAUUGGAAGCUACAUUAGAAAAUCCUCUACGAAUAUUUAAUAUAGAAGUAGAAAUUUUGGAUAUGAACGACAACGCCCCACAGUUUCGACGAGACGCCAUACAUUUAGAUAUUUCUGAAGCAACGCCAAAAGGAGAGAGAUUCUCUCUCAGUAAUGCAGUUGAUCCUGAUGUUGGAAGCAAUUCAUUGAAAACAUAUCAUUUGAGUGAAAGUGAACAUUUUAAUAUUGAACUUAACACUGGAAGAGAAGGAACAAAGUUUGCCGAAUUAAUCUUAACAAAGGCUUUAGACAGAGAGCAGCAGGCUGUUCAUAAUUUAAUACUCACAGCUGUAGAUGGAGGCACACCUGCUCGUUCUGGCACUGCAAGUGUUAUUGUUCAUGUUUCCGACACAAAUGAUAAUGCACCUACUUUUAACAAAGCAAACUACAGUUUAAAAAUAAUGGAAAAUUCUCCCAUCGGAAGUGUUGUUGUUCAUCUCAAUGCAACAGACUUAGAUGAGGGAUCAAAUUCUGAUAUAACAUAUUCAUAUAGUUUAUAUACGUCAGAGAAAACACAAGAAACAUUUAAUCUGAAUCCUUCAACUGGUGAAAUUACUGUUAAAGGAAUGUUAAAUUAUGAGGAUUUCAGGAUUUAUGAUAUGGAAGUUAUAGCAACUGAUAAAGGAGCCAAUAGUUUAUCAAGUCAAUGUACUGUUAAAAUCGUGGUUGAAGACAUGAACGACAACCACCCAGAAAUAUCUAUUAAAUCAUUUCAGAGUCCAGUCAAUGAAAACAUAGAAUUAGACACAGUGAUAGCUGUAGUUAGUGUCAGUGAUAAAGACUCUGGAGACAAUGGAGUGGUUGAUCUUCAUAUUCCAGAUAAUAUGCCUUUCAAACUGAGGGAAUCCUCUGAUAACUAUUAUGAAUUAGUAGUGUCAGAGCCAUUAGACCGUGAGAAGGUUCCAGAAUAUGACGUCACGUUCACUGUGACAGACAGAGGUUUCUCCUCCUUUAUCUGA